GCAACAGAACCCAAACUUUCUUAUCCAACUGUUAGCUGCAAACUAUACAGCUUGCCGGGUGAGUUUUGUCAUCAUUUCUGUUUCGCUGUCUAUGGCCAUGUAUCACUAUAUACUGAGCUAGCUACAGGAUGAGUGCCGGACGGGCAUCUGAGGGCGCUGGCUGCAUCACCUGGUGGGGCUUCAGCCCUGCACGCGACCUGCUGAAUACGGGCCCUGUGAGACUUGAAGGGGAGGUCAAUGUUUUACUGGUUGGCAGUGGAGAUCCACGACAUAUUUUGAAAACCAUUUCUGGUUUGCAGGACCACGAAAGCCUUAAUGUGUGGGUGAUAGAAAACAGCAUGGAGGUGGUGGCUAGACAGCUGCUGCUCCUCUACCUGGCACUGAUGCCAAAGGAAAGCAUGGGAAAUAAUGAGAAGACCGAGGUUUUCCUGGAGUUGUUUGGGAACGGUGAGAUCCGCAGUCAGACAGAACAGGCACUGAGACAUGCGGCAUCACAGCUCUCUCUGUCUGUUACUGAAACACCGGAGACGGCCACACACCCCUGUCUGAACACAAGUCUUCUCAAGUUUAAGGAGCGAGAUGAGCUGGCCAGGAUAUUCAAGUUGUGGCUCCAGCCUCAGCCUUCAUCAUCUUCAUCUAAGUGCUCUGCCCCUAUCUUAAUGUCCAAAGCCUGGGAUUAUCGGGUCAGGCAGCACCUUGGAACACGCUACGACUCCAAGAAGAGCUGCUUUGACUGGGAUCUUACAAUGAAACUGCACGAGAAAGGGUGUGGUGUCAUCAACAAACAACAAUAUACGCGAUGGAGGGAGCGGGGUUUGGCGUUCGAAAUGAGGGAAGGUGUCUACCAAAUAACCAAUCCAAGUUUGCUCUCUUCAAGAGUGUUCACUCAGAAAGGGGACAAAGUGGCUGUCAGGGGCUACUGGGGAGAUAUUGUUUCCAGUCCUUACCUCUCCUUUGGCAUUGAAACUGACGACAAGAGCCUGCUGAAGACACAGAAUGGACAACACGUGAAGACAGCCCAGGAUAUCUCCUUUGCAAACGUACAGGAAUUGUUCCAGUCCCUGUCCAGUAGACGGGGCUGGCCCACCACUUUUCAGUCAGACGCAGAGCCAGAGGAGCCAUCCCCAGAGACUGACGGAAAAGUUGUCAGCAUUAACGACUUGAUGUGUCUGAAUGGGAUCUCUGUGACCUUCCUGCCGAUGGACUCCCUUAACAAACUGCCAGAAAAACAGAAAUACUCCCAUUUCUUUAACAUCAUCUACUUCUCUGCCAGCUGCGUGCACCAGUUUGGCCCGACAACGAGACAGAUUGCAGCGCCAGACGCUGUGAUUGUCGUGGAGUUGGCCAAGUACAUUUUGGAUGUGAACAAAGAGCAAGAAGCAGGCUUUGCAAAGAAAGUGGUGAGCAUCGCUCUGGAGGCUGAAUUUGAGCCGUGGCGUGAGGGGAAGAGUGAUGACGUCCAUGCUGUUUUCGUACCACAGAGGAAGUAAAGGCUCUUCAUUUCAUCUGCUCCCAUUUUCAG